CAUUUCCAAAUCUCACGUCUCUUAUUUUCUCGCUUAGCUUCGCUUCCUUCCUCGGCAGAGCCUCUUUCGCAUUCAUUUACGAAGAUGGAAAAGGCCAUCAACAGGCAAAAGGUUCUGCUUGAUCACCUCAAGCCUUCGUCGUCAGUCUACGGGAACGAAUCAUCCCUCACUGCUUCGGCAUGUUUGGCGGGGGAUAGUGCUGCAUAUCAGAGGACUUCGGUAUUUGGGGACGAUGUAGUGAUUGUGGCAGCGUAUCGAACAGCGAUUUGCAAAUCCAAACGUGGUGGUUUCAAAGAUACUCAUGCUGAUGAUCUUCUAGCUCCUGUCCUGAAGGCUGUAAUAGAGAAAACCAAUUUGAAUCCAUCUGAAGUUGGUGACAUUGUUGUGGGCACUGUAUUGGCACCUGGAUCUCAGAGAGCCAGUGAAUGCCGAAUGGCAGCAUUUUAUGCUGGUUUUCCUGAAACUGUACCUGUGAGGACAGUGAAUAGGCAAUGCUCUUCUGGGCUGCAGGCUGUUGCUGAUGUAGCUGCAGCUAUAAGGGCUGGAUUUUAUGACAUCGGUAUUGGUGCUGGUUUAGAAUCUAUGACAAGUAAUCCAAUGGCAUGGGAAGGAUCAGUCAAUCCUAAAGUAGAAAGUUUUGAACAAGCCCAGAACUGCCUUCUUCCUAUGGGUAUUACCUCUGAAAAUGUUGCACACCGCUUUGGCGUGUCAAGGGAGGAACAAGAUCAGGCAGCUGUCGAGUCUCACAGACGGGCGGCGGCAGCCACUGCUUCUGGUAAAUUUAAGGAUGAAAUUAUCCCAGUUUCAACUAAGAUUGUGGAUCCAAAAACUAAUGAGGAGAAGCCUGUCACCAUCUCUGUUGAUGAUGGAAUUCGACCUAAUGCAACACUGUCUGAUUUGGUGAGACUCAAGCCAGUGUUUAAGAAAGAUGGGAGCACCACUGCUGGUAAUUCUAGCCAGGUAAGUGAUGGUGCUGGGGCUGUUUUGCUGAUGAAAAGAAGUGUUGCAGUGCAGAAGGGACUGCCCAUCCUUGGUAUAUUCAGGACCUUCGCUGCGGUUGGUGUGGAUCCUGCCAUCAUGGGUGUUGGCCCCGCUGUUGCAAUUCCAGCUGCCGUUAAGGCUGCAGGUCUAGAGCUCAGCGACAUUGAUCUUUUUGAGAUAAAUGAGGCAUUUGCUUCCCAAUUUGUAUAUUGCCGUAACAAGCUGGAUCUUGAUCCUGAAAAGAUUAAUGUUAAUGGAGGUGCAAUUGCCCUUGGGCAUCCCUUGGGUGCAACAGGUGCACGCUGCGUAGCGACAUUGUUGCAUGAAAUGAAACGUCAAGGAAAGGACUGCCGGUUUGGAGUUGUAUCCAUGUGCAUAGGUACUGGAAUGGGAGCAGCUGCAGUGUUUGAGAGAGGUGCUCAUGUUGAUGAGCUCUGCAAUGCCCGCAAAGUGAACGACAACCUCCUCCUAUCUAAGGAUGCUCGGUAGACCUCCAUAUCAAACAUUUCAUUACUGGCCUGGAUUUUUCUUAUGAACGUCUCUCGCACUGUUGAAGUAUAUGGCCCCAUAUAUAUUUGAUACAGGCUCGCAUAACAUUGGAGACUCUUGUAGAAUUUCUCCCAAGCUAAGUUACCCGUCUUUAUUGAAUGAAAAACAAUAAUUUCCAUAA